AUGGCAAUUUAUUCAUUUUGGAUAUUCGAUAAACAUUGUAAUUGUAUCUUUGAUAGAGAAUGGACUCUAAUAUCUAAUAGUGCAAGUGGCACUAUAAAUUCAAAGCAAACUGAAGAAACUGCAAAAUUACUUUAUGGUAUGAUAUAUUCGUUGCGUUCAGUGACUCAAAAGCUGUCUAGAGAUGAUACGGCUAAUGACGUUAGAAGCAUAUCAAUUGGUAAAUAUAGAAUCCAUACUUAUUGUACGGCAUCAGGACUUUGGUUUGUACUACUAUCGGAUUACAAGCAGGCAUCCUAUGCGCACGUUUUACAAUACAUCCAUUCGCACAUCUAUGUGAAAUACGUAACCCACAACAUUUUAUCACCUUAUGAUUUUGCAGCGAAUGAAAACGAAACUAGAGGUCAAGGAUUUAGGAAAAUUGGUAAUAGGAAUUUCAUAUCAUCAUUAGAAGCCUUCUUAGCACCUAUGAUUGCACAAUGA